AUGGCAGAUACCAAUGAAACAUUUUGGCAUGACUUUAUCUUAUUGGGAUUUCCAAGGGAACAGAUAUUAUACUCACUCUUAAUUGCUCUAAUCUACACAAUGACUGUUCUAGGAAACCUCACGGUCUUUAGCAUCAUUCAAGCGGACAGCCGCCUCCAGUCACCGAUGUAUUUUUUCCUGGCUUGUCUAUCUUUUUUAGAUGUCUGUUACUCUUCCGUUACUCUUCCAGCCAUGCUGGCCAAUGCCAUAACAGGCAACAGGAAGAUAUCCUUCCAGAGAUGUCUUACACAACUCUAUUUCUUUGUCUGCUUUGGUGGAACGGAAUGCCUUCUUCUGGCUGUCAUGGCUUAUGACCGAUAUGUGGCGAUAUGUAACCCGCUCCACUAUACCACCACAAUGAAGCCGGAGAUCUGUUUAUACCUUGUGGCAGGGUGCUGGCUUUGUGGAUUGGUAAAUGCGACCUUUCACACCUUGAUGACUUGGAAGCGUACUUUUUGUGGCACUCGACAUAUCAGCCACUACUUCUGUGAUGUUCUUCCAUUGCUACAAGCGGCUUGCAGUGAUAUACAUGACAGUCAGGUGGUCUUACAUGUUGUUACCUUUUUUCUUGGGAUGGUUCCAUUCAUGCUCAUAGCAAAUUCAUACAUCCGUAUUAUUUGCACCAUAUUGAAAAUCCACUCCACCGCAGGAAGGCAAAAGGUCUUCUCCACCUGUUCAUCCCACCUCAUUGUUGUAACAGUUUUUUACGUAACUGGCAUCUUCAACUACAAUGGUCCACAUUCUGGAGAUUUCCUUAUCAUUGUUCGAGUGUCGUCUCUUCUUUUUGGUGUUGUCCCCCCAUUGUUGAACCCGAUCAUUUACUGUCUGAGAAAUAAUGAGGUGAAGAGAGCCUUGAAGGAUGUGAUUAUUAAAUUAUAUAUUUUACUGAAAGGAUAA